UUUUCGCCUGCGGCGCUGAAAAAAUAAGAAAUUGUUUUGGAGUAUAUAAUUUAUAUGGAAUGGGCAGAAAACGUAUUGAGUGGAAUACAAGUAGAAGAGGUUGAAUGGUAUAUCGGAAGAUUUGGAUGGAUGAAGGUGGAUUUAAAGUUACAUCAUGUGAUUUCAAGGGGUCAUAGGUAUUAUCGAGGGAUUUGGGUGUGAUAUCGAGGGAUUGAGCUGUGAAAGGU